AUGCUGAAGGCAAAAUCUUCUCAUACAGAGGUGUUAGAAGAGGAAGAUGAGCCUGUGGUACUGACCAAGGAGUGCAGUGCCUUGGUUAAGAAGAAAUUUCCUCAAACGCUUUCGGAUCCCGGAAGCUUCCUAAUUCCCUAUACUAUAGGGACCAUCACCUUUGAGAAGGCACUAUGUGACCUUGGCUCAAGCAUCAAUCUAAUGCCUCUAUCUGUAAUGAAGAGGCUAGGAAUUUUAGAGGUGCAGCAUGCCAAGAUCUCAUUAGAGAUGGCAGACAAGUCCUUGAAAAUGGCAUAUGGCAUGGUGGAAAAUGUCAUAGUGAAGGUUGAAUACCUUUACAUCCCUGCUGAUUUUGUAAUCUUAGAAAAUAGGGAGGACAGAGAUGAAUCCAUCAUUCUUGGAAGGCCUUUCCUAGCCACUGCUAAGGCCAUUAUUGAUGUGAAAAAAGGAGAGCUAGUCUUGAGACUACAUGAGAAUUAUAUCUUGUUCAAGAUACCCAACCCUCAAUCUCCCUCUGACAGAGGUGGUACCAUUAUGCAACACAUAAUGUUUCAACCUUCCCUCUCAGUGCAGAGCUUUACAAAACCCCCAAACACCAACUCUAAGUUUGGUAUUGGGCAACCAUCAUCAAGCACAGGGAAGGAAGGAACUGAGAAGAAGCACUUAGAACAGUGA